CUCUAACUCUCUCUCUAUAAAUAUCUCUAUUCUUCGUUGCCAUUCAUUUAUUUUGGCUUGAAGAAAUUUGAGGGGAAGCCAUGAACUGAAUACCCAUGUGUUUUUGCUUCCUUCAAUUUCUUCACAAAGCAAAUUAAGGGGAUUCUCUUGCAUGAAUUUCUGUGUUGUUUUUUGAUGUUUUGGUUUACUCUGAUGAUCGAGUUUGGUUUUCUCUUGUUGUUUGGUGCACAGGAAAUUAGGGUUUCUUGUUCUUGAAAUGGUGUUUUGCACAUCUCUGGUGUACUGGUUUGAAGCUGGUUUUCUGGUAAUGGAGUUCAGUAUGGGAUUGAGAGACUGCUAUUGCUAGUAGUGGUGGAUUCAUAGUGGAGUAAGGAGGAGGCGUUUGGGUUCUCAUCUGAUAUUUUUUGGUACGAUACUGAGUGAAAAUCACGGGUUUUCAGUGUGAUUGCUUCUUUUUACGGUGAAGGUGGGAUUGGAAGAUGAGUUGUCCUUGAAUUGAUUAGGAGUGUGUUGAUUAACCAGGGUUUUGCUGAAAAAAAUUUGUUUAGUUGCAUAUUGGUAAAGAAUUUGGGUUUCUUGCUCACUCUGGUAUUGCAUUCACUGGAUGAGAUGGAGCAGUCUUUUUGUGCAAAUUGAAGAGCUGUGGAACUAAGAUGAAAAGUUAGGGUUUUGUUUUUGUUUCUUGAACUGUGAAUCGAUUAUGAUUUUCUAUAUCCUCACUUUUCUGAUGUCUUAUCCAAGUAGUGAUAUUUCCUAUCCGUAUUGGCAACAGAAGAGAUAUCAGAGGAUUUUUUCUCAGUGAAUUAAGUGAUUCAGAGCAUCGUGUAUUUUAGGGUUUUCUCAAUGGGAAACACGCUUGGUAGGAGGCGUCAAGUUGUUGACGAAAGAUACACUCGACCUCAAGGUUUGUAUUCUCAAGGAGAUGUUGAUAAAAAGAAGCUUAGGAAACUUAUUCUUGACUCAAAGCUCGCUCCUUGUUUUCCCGGUGAUGAUGAUUAUUCAUUUGAUCUUGAGGAGUGUCCCAUUUGCUUUCUGUUCUAUCCUAGUCUCAAUCGUUCGAGAUGUUGUAUGAAAAGCAUAUGUACAGAGUGCUUUUUACAGAUGAAACCACCUCAUUCUACUCGCCCCACACAGUGUCCCUUUUGUAAAACCCCCAACUAUGCAGUUGAAUACCGGGGUGUCAGGACAAAAGAGGAGAAGGGCAUGGAACAGGCUGAAGAACAAAGGGUUAUAGAAGCAAAAAUUAGGAUGCGGCAGCAGGAGCUUCAGGAUGAGGAAGAAAGAAUGCAUAAAAGACAAGAGACUUGCUAUUCAAACAGGACUUUGACUGCAACUGGAGUUGAGUACCAGGAUGUUACAAGUGGCUCGCUUUCAGUGCCACCUGUCACCUCUAUCACUCAAGACAAUGAGAUUGGGUUUUACCAGGAAUCAGUGGCUGCACCUGUGAUUCGGUCACCUGCAUAUACGAGGCAAAACAGGGAUGAAGAAUUCGAACUGGACCUUGAGGAUAUAAUGGUUAUGGAAGCUAUCUGGCUUUCCAUACAGGAACAUGGAACUCAUAGGGCUCCUCCAAUUCCCACUGCUCUGCCUCCACCACACUCUCUCAGUGGUUAUGGGCCACUGCCCAUGGAACCAUCCCCAACCAGCGGGCUGGCGUGUGCCAUAGCUGCCCUAGCCGAGCAGCAGGCAUCGGGUGCAGGCACCACGGCCACUACUGUGAUUCCUUCAGAGAGAGAGGAGGGCUGUUUGGACCAUAAUAAUAGUAAUAGUUACAUGGCAGAGAGCAGCAAUAGCAGCGGUUGGAUUGAGGUGUCACCAGAUAGUGGAAGGGCAAUGGUCCAUGGGGCCCAAGCGGGGGGCACGUGGCUCCCGUGCCCUGGGGAGGCUGAGGCUGGGCCUAGUCAUGGUAGUGGCAGCAUGGGCCCUGUGUCAGCCUGGUCACCGGACCCGAAAGCGGUUUUGCCCGAGAGCUUUGAGGAGCAGAUGAUGCUGGCAAUGGCCAUCUCACUGGCAGAGGCACAUGCAGGGCCGAGUGUGGCCUGCACAGAUUGGCACAAUGCGGGAAGAGGGAGAAAAGAGAAGACGUGGGCAACCAAAGGUGAGGAGAGAGAAAGAUGGUAAAGGCAAAGGUGGAAAAGCCAGAUUGAUUGAUUUUAGCAUUUUCUCUGUGCAUUUGUUGUAUCUGCUUGUUCUUCACUCUCAUGCUUAGUCACACUUCCAUUGUACUCCCUCUUUUCUUUUUUGUGCUCUCUCUCCUUUUGUAUACAGUUGUAAAGGUCAUGCUAUCAUUGGAUGUUGGACCUCUUGCUUGAAGUGGAGGUUUAGAAAUCUCUUCAUACCUUUAUCUCUUUUCCUUUUCGA